CACCUGUGUGUUAUUAGGUUGCAACAGUAUGGAUGAUCUACCUACGGAUAAAUAGAUCUAAAUGGUGACAGGAGUCUAAAAAUAUUUAUACUGAGAGAUUUUACAUUAAACAUCUUUAAGAAUGAGAGCCUCAGCAGUGGCACUUCUUAUUCUAUCCUUAGUUUAUGUUUCCUUUGCUGACAGACCCACUAGGUGGUGUGUAACCAACAAAGCUGAAGAGGUGAAAUGUGCUCAAUUGAAAGCAGAGCUUCAGAAGGCAGUGCAAGCGAACAAAACAUUAUCAGCUGUGUUACCAGAAGAUUUCCAGUGUAUCAGUGCACAAGAUGUCUUUUCUUGCAUGGAAUUGAUUGAAACAGAUCAGGCUGACCUGAUCAACUUUGACUCAGGUCUGGGCUACUAUGCAGGUCGGCAGCACAACAUGAUGCCUAUCAUGGCAGAGAAAUAUGACACAGCUACAACAACUGAUAGACCAUCUUUGUAUUCGGUUGCUUUAGUAGCUGUAGGCACCAGUAUAGAUCUGAGAUCUUUAAGUGGGAAUUCAGUAUGCUUUUCUGGUAUUGGAAUGGCUGCUGGCUGGGUUUACCCGAUUGGCACACUACUAAAGAACAACUACAUACAAAUCACUGAGUGUAAUGCCUUGGUCAAGGCGGUAGCCUCUGCUUUGGGUAAGAUGUGUCUGCCAGGCUCUUUGACAUCAUUUUACAAUCCUUAUGGAAACAACCCGACAUCAGUUUGUGAGUUGUGUACUGGACAGAAUGAAGAGUUCUGUACAACUAGUGACACUUUUGCUGGGUAUGACGGUGCCUUUAGGUGCGUGGCUGAGGGCAAAGGGCAGUUGGCAUUCGUCAGACAUGACAUCUUUGACAUCAUCCAGAGCCUUGCAAACAAUUCUGAAAUAUCUAGUAUCAAUGUAGAUCCUGCAAGUUAUCAACUCCUGUGUCCAGAUGGUAAGACUGCAGCUGUGACCGAUUACGCAACUUGUAAUUGGGGGCAGGUGACAUCAAAUGUCAUCCUGACAUCAGCCGUCAGAGAGCCUGACAUUGUCAAAGGUUAUAAAGACUUUCUAUUAACUGUUCAGCAGCUCUUUGGUAGAGGAGGCAGGUUAAGCAGCUCUUUUCAAAUCUUCAAUUCUGAGAGUUCCUACCCUGUGGACGUGUUCAAGCGAGUGUUUACUAGGAAGAACUUAAUGUUUUCAGACACAACACAGACUUUGAUUGAUAUUGGAACUGAUACCUACUACACAUGGGUCGGUGAUAUUUUCAAUGAUAUGCUGACUGCCAUGAACCGCUGUCCCUCUGAGGUCAUCCGCUGGUGUGUCACUUCCAUGGCCGAGAAGCUGAAGUGUGAGGACAUGAUUAUGGCUUUCAAAGCUAAAGAGCUUCAGCCUGAGAUGGACUGUCUGUAUGGGGGGAAUACAACUUCUUGUAUGGAAAUGAUUUGGAGAGGGGAUGCUGACCUGAUCAACCUGGAUGCUGGAGAUAUAUACAUAGCUGGACGUCGCUAUGGCCUGAUCCCUCUUGCAGCAGAAGAUUAUGGUGAUAUGACAAUGAAGUUUAAAGUUGUUGCUGCCGCUAAGAAAACAGACAAACAGACCACACUGUUCAAUAUGAAAGGUAAAAGAUCGUGUCAGCCGGGUAUUGGUCGAGGAGAUGGCUGGGUGAUUCCACUCAAUAUCUUCAUCGAAACUGAACAGUUUCUGCCUAAAGAUUGUACUAUUUUUAGAAACAUUGGUGAGCUCUUUUCUCGGAGCUGUAUACCUGGAUCUCUGGACACGGAGUACAAUCCUGGUGGUCGUCCAAUCAACCUGUGUGAAGCAUGUGGUGCAAAUGGUUAUCGAAAAUGCCAGCGUAACAGUGAGGAACAUUAUUAUGGUACCAGCGGGGCAUUCAGAUGUUUGGUAGAAAAUGGCGGUGACAUUGCUUUUGUUCGCCACCUGACAGUGCGAGACAACACAGAUGGCCGCAAUCAUGCCAUCUGGGCCAGGAAUCGAAGGUCUGACGACUAUGAACUGUUGUGCAAGGAUGGGCGUCGCCUUAAUGUGGACAGAUUUAAAGAAUGCCACUUAGGGGAAGUUCCAGCUAAUGCAAUAGUUACAUCAGCUGCCAAAACAGAGGAGCAGAAAGAAAUCAUCUGGAAUGUUCUGAACUAUGGACAACAGUUUUUUUCUUCAGACAUCGAUGGAGACUUCCAUAUGUUUGACUCUGGCAUCUGGUACAGUGACCUUAUUUUCACUGAUGCUGCUGUACGUUUGAUGAAAAUCUCACCUGAUCGUCAAAACUACAAGGACUGGCUGGGCGAAACUUUCAUCGCUCAGAUUGAGAACCUCCAUCGGUACACCUGCGUUAAUCCAGACAGUGCAGGAUUUCUUCGGCCAAGUUUUGUAGUUAGUCUGUUAGUAGUUUUGGUCUCCAUGCUUCUCAAACACUUAUAGCUCAAUGAACUUUAGAUUCAUGUCUCUCUCUUUCUGUUUUUUUUUUUUCAAUAAAUGUUAAGACACCUGACAUUUGGUUUAAGACUCUUUGCAAAACAAUCACUAACUUUAAAAAAUGUUGAAAAUAAUAUAAUAAGAUUAACGUUUACCCAUAUUCAGUCCAUGCAUAAUUUUAGUUUUGUCUGGUCUUAAGAAGUUGUUAGUUGUAUACAAAUUCAAUUAAUAAUUGAUUAUACUAUAUUUUUAUAAAUUUAAUUUGGAAAUGUUUCAAAUUAUGUUUUGAUGUUUCAAUUUUUGAAGCAAUCGCCAUCAAGUUAUUUCAAUAAUGUUUUAAGUGUUUACUGUGAAAAAAAGUUCCAGGAUUUUGCUAGCAGGCUAAUAAUAAACUCCACAUUUCUGUCUGCCUGAAGGUUUGUGUGUUGAUAGUAUUGUCCAGUAGAUUGAAUUAUUUACAUCGUAAAGUUACACAAGACAGUUCUUUGCUGCAUCCUUUAUAUAGUAGAAAACAAGAUCUUGCUUUCAAACGAUAUUUGUUUUGGAAAGUAAAUAAGUUUAAUGCUUUUUUAUUUUUAAAGAAAGUGCCUAUGAAGUCUGAUUCCUCACCUAAAUAUUUAACAAUUUUUCUGUUUAAUUAUCAACUUUCAGUGUUAUUAUUCCAUCUGUUUGCACAUAUGUACAUAUUUCAUUUUAUAAUUUUUUUUUUAUUAUUAUUAUAUUAUAAUGAAACAAAUGUAUUGUAUUCUUGUUAACCCCUAAUGUUUCAUUCCUUGGGUAUGUUCAAGGGAUGAUUUUUAUGUACAGAUAUAUACACUCGUGAGACUACAGUUUUAUGAGCCUUUUAGGCUGGUUUAUUUUUAGACCAUCGCAAAUGACGUCUGUAAUAAUGUAACUGUCAAAACAUUCCUGUUGAGAUCAAAGUAAAUGAUGAGCGAGUCUUGAGUUCUGCAUGGUUGUGUGGUGUGACAGUGAGCAAAGAGAAAGAUGGUAUCAUUGUGAAGAUGUGUGUAUGUGUUUGUGUAGAUGGUGUUUGGGCCUGGGAAGAGUGUGUUUGUGUGUUUUUUUAUCUAUACAAUUGAAUGAAAUCUUUUGUUUCUCAUAUAUUCACUAGUUUCAGUUUUAGAACUUCUUUGUCAAAAUACAUUCCAUAUUAUUAUUUUUAUUAAUAACUCUAUUUCUGAAAUUGUUCAACAAUCUAUUAUUGUGUACAUGAAUCAAGACUCAAAAUAAAUAUUUUUUUUUCUAAA